UCCACUGUCGCGGAAACGCCGGCUCCAGCCAAAACUCCGGCAUAAGAGAAGCAGGUGGAACUGAGACAGUAGUCUGAGUGUGACUGAAAGUGGAAAAGUCCUGGCAAACAUCGGCACGCUGUCAGAAACGCUGGACAAGCUUCAUUGCUUAGAUUUGAAUGGACAAGGCAGGCAGAAGUAUACAGCCCAGCUAGUGAAGCCCAGUAAAGGUGCCGUGAUGCCUGUGAAGAAGAGGAAGCUGCCUGAUGCAGAUGAUCAUGAGCAGAACUGUAAAAUUACAAGUUUUACCCGACCUCUGAUCCGCGGUCCGAGGUCAAUCAACACUGACAAGCCCUUUUCCAGUAAGAAGUGCCUGGCCUGGUUCCACAAGUACGCUGCCCCCGACAAGGUGUUCGGCCCAGAGGCCAUGGAGAAGUUCUGUGAGGACAUCGGCGUGGAACCAGAGAAUAUUAUCAUGUUAGUUUUAGCGUGGCGUCUAGAAGCAGCAAACAUGGGGUACUUCACAAAAGACGAGUGGCUCAGGGGAAUGACGAUAUUACAGUGUGACUGCACAGAGAGAUUACAAAGUAAACUUGAUUACCUGCGCAGUGAGCUCAACGAUGCUGCGACCUUUAAAAAUAUCUACAGAUACGCCUUUGACUUUGCCAGAGAUAAGAACCAGAGGAGUUUGGACAUGGACACGGCAAAAUUAAUGCUGGCUCUGCUGCUGGGAAGGUCAUGGCCGCUCUUCCCAGUCUUCAGCCAGUUCCUGGAGCAGUCCAAGUACAAGGGAUUGAAUAAAGACCAGUGGUAUAAUGUUCUGGAGUUCAGCCGGACCAUCAACCCAGACCUCAGUAACUACGAUGAGGAUGGAGCUUGGCCGGUGCUUCUAGACGAGUUCGUGGAAUGGCGAAGAAGUUGGUCAGCUUCAUAGCAUUAACAGCCACAAAAACAAAAGGAUGAAGAGGGAGAAAACUGAGAACCCGGGAAGGAGUCUGGAAAAAGGUUUCAUCCACACAUACACAGAAAUAUGGAGUACAACCUCGUCCCUGUGGACCUUCGAAUCCCGUUAGAGGCGCCUGUGCACCAUCGUCCAAAUGCUAAGAGGCCUUCCUCCUGCUGAGAAGACUUUUUUUUUUUUGUUAUUAUUGUUAUAGUGUUAAUUUCAAGAAAAGAAACUGUCAGAGGGAAAAUGAACUGAGAAGAGCUGUGGAAUUUAUGUUAAAUGUUAUGUUUUUUUUUUGUUUUUUUUCCCCCCCAUUUUUGUGUCUUGUUUAUAGAAGUUUUGACAGUAAUAAAAAGGAAAUGGAAAUUCAUCAAGCUGCAGAGCCCAGGUUUCAUUCGCCACUCCUGCACCGUGUUAACACACUAAGGCAUGCAGAAACUGGUCAGCCUGAAGAAAUUUACCAUUUCUUUUUUAGGUGUCAGUCCAGCAACCCCUGAGCAGAUACAGCAGUUAUCCCUUUACCUCCUAACACUUCUUAUUAGGCCACAUCCUGCCAGAUAACCAGCACCUAACCUGCUAGAAGCAAGUCUCACCACUCUACAGCUAUCCUGAAACCCCUCUGGGCAGUUAAUUUAGUGAAUGCUUUAAAAAAAACAAAAAAAAACAAACAACAACUUUAAAGGUACUUUCUAAAAUUACCAGCUGCAAAUGUCAACUAAAACUGUGACCAGCAGGGGGAGUUGUUUCCCCAGAGCUCAUAAUGUUUUACAUUUCUUCUUGGACUUCUCCACAUUUACUCAUGAGACUCUUUCACCGCUGUAAAUAAGAAUAUAUUCUUGGCUUGUUAACGCUUACUGUUCAUGUUGUAUGCCUUGCACGGUAUAAUCUGGGCCCUACAACAAAUUUUGAACUGCACAUCAAUUUAGAAUGUGUAAACCAGCGGUACCCAACCCCCGGGUCCGUGAGUCGUUUGGUACCGGGGUUGUUGGGCUCGGGU